UUUUUUUUUUCUUUUUAUUAAAAAAAAUAUCACGCUUAUUUUUGUAUAAACGUUAUACCUUAUGAAACCUAUAUCAACUCGCUUAAGAAAUAAAAAUAAGAAAUAUUCAAGUGCAUCACCCGUAAGAGAAUUAUCUCAAGAUUCAACAAAAAGAGAAGAUUUAUCUUCAGAAAUAUCAACAACAACUUAUUCACUAGAAGAUAAUGUGUCAUUCUCACCGAGAUCGGAUCCAGACAUUUAUUUAGAUGAAUUACGAUCACCAUUAUCAUUUAUAAGAGGAUCAGAAGAAGAUAAAAAUAACUUUUUAAAAGAGGAAAGCGAUAGAAUGGUCCAAAACUUUGGUAAAAGGUUCAAGUCAAAUGCAAAAUUAUCCACUUUUUAUAGCGCCCAGGUAGCUGCACCAGUUCCAUCAAAACGUACUCGGCAUCGUACAACUGACACUACCACUACAGCUACAGCUACAAAAACAAUUUCAGCAAAGAGAGUCAAAUUUAUUCAUACUAAUAACCAACAAAGCGAUGAUGCAAACAAAAAUACAUCUAGAACGAAAAAGUCUAAUAAUUCAACUCUUGCUAGUCAAAGCGAUGAUAAUGACGAAGCACUUGUACCUUUGCCAUUAAGCAAAAAAUUACCUAAAGAAGCUCAAAUGUCAGCUAAGGAAAAGGAAAGAGAAUAUUGGAGACGACAACGUCGAGCAUUUGUUUACAGUCGAUUUUUGUCAAACGAUGAAGGAGCAAAGGUAGCUGGAACAGUAUAUAGUAAUAUAUACAUUAGCUCUACAAAUCGUAUGGUUAUUUCAUUUCAAGGUAAUCUCAGUAAUUUUCGCACUAAAUUAAGACGCACUAUAACAAAGUUUAAAUGGACAUUUAAUAUCACUAAAGAGAGAUUAUUAAAUGAAGAACAACGACUAUCAGAGCAAGUAUUAGAACAGUUGAAUCAAGAUACAAUAAAUACAAUUUGGGGGCAUUGGAUUGCUGAACCCUAUGUAGAUAUAAAAUCAUUUUAUGCCAACAAAGAAUCAAUCAAGUUACUAAAGGAGAUCACUGUUAAGCUUGCAAUUAUUUUUUUCAAAGAGAAAUUUCAUAUUUUAACACUAAAUGAAUCACGCGUAGAAAUGAAAAAAAUCGAUUUAUUAUCCAGAACGCUUAUAUUACCAGAUCCAAAAGAAUUGGCUACUUAACAGCUUAUUAAACGAUACUCGAAGCGUCUAAUCUAUAUGUACAUAUUAGCAUGAAUAAAUAAUUCUAUAAUCCAUCCAACUUACCAUUAAAGCCAUUUUAUUAUCACCUUCUUCUGUAAUUAUCUUCUUUGUCCAUAUUGUUAAAUUUCCAUUGCAAUUACCGUAUACUAUAUCUGUCAGAAUACGAUCACCUACAAAUGCUAUUUGACUUGAUGAAAUGGGACUAAAAUAGUUUGUUAAAUAUUGCCCACCAGAUGGCUUCUUUUCUUUAUGUCGUAAAACAGAUACGCCUAAUGAUUUCUCCAAAUGCUGGGCUU